CCAAGAACCUCGGCUUCGCGUCAUUUAAUAUGGCAACUUAUGGAGUGUUGUCGUGCUUGGACACAUUUCCAACACACAUGAACCCUUUUGACGUUCUUAUCAAUAAGUCACAGUUUCAAUAUGCCUUCCCGGAAUACACCGAUGUGCAUUCCGGUUCUGUGACUGUGCUGUUCACCGUGGGACAGCUGAAGAAUCGCAGUAAAUCCAGACUUUUACUUUGUGCGCAUCCAACAGUGGAUGACAGCCCUGGACCAGAAGACCGAAACAAACCGAUCAUCCUGCUGGUGUCCCGGCUCUUUCUCAGACAUCACGACCUACAGCAUAAAUCGGCGGGGGCGGUUCGGUUGUUCCCAACCUCUUUCUUGAGUAAAGUGGUGAUCGGAGCAAAGUCUAAACACAGUUUUAAAUGGGCCAGCUCGGCUAAUUUCUCCACUGGGCUGCAGGUUCUUGCGUCGGAUGGACAGACACUAUUGGCCCGGGAAGGGGACAAACUGUUGCUGCCAUACCAUCCUCUUUUCGGAGACAACUGGGCUCAGGUCCAACAGCUCCUCCUGGACCUGGUGGUGUUGUCGUGUAGCCCGGUGAGACAGGGCAGGAUCACGGCCAGCUCAUGCAUCGUGGUGUCGGACCUCUCGGAGCCUCCAGGUUGCCUCUCCCCGGCCAAACCUCGGACCAAACUGUUUGUCUCAGACUUUGCUCAUUUCUCCAACAGCCUGUACAGGAGCAGCUCGUUGCUGGCCAACAAGAAGGCUCUGACCUCUGGGUUCUCCGGGUUUCUGCAGGCCUUGGAGGGCAGAGUUGACGUCCGUGUAGCCAAUUUAUUGCCUCUGCUAAAAGACACACAUUUUCGGGGACAGGAUUUGGAUAGUACUGUUCUUGUGAGCAAGAAUUUGCUCAUGAAACUCGGGCUGUUUAACCACGAAUGGGUAGUGCUGUCUGAGCUGAAACCACAGAACAGUAUUGAUGUGUCUCUCCCCCGUGGAGGUCGCCUAGCCUCCCUGCUGGCUGUGGAUCUCACGCCUUUAAGUCUGGAGCUCCACUUGAAUGACACUAGUGGUUUAAUUUCCACGACUCACUGGUUCAAUCUGUCAGGGGGGGAGACGGUCCCCACGGCCAACAGGACCCUGAGGAUAAAGAGAUGGAAUGACUCCAGUGUGAUCCGGGGGUCUCCGAGCUUCUGUCUCUCAGCCUCCCCUCACUUCGCCAGCAAGCUGCACGUUGAACCGGUCCGCUCCCCACAAUACGAUGCUCACCACUGCUACGAUCGCAUGCUAGCUCACCACUUCAACACACCUAGGCUGGUGUCAGCGGGAGAUGUCCUGGCGAUCUCAGAUGAAAACUAUACAGGGGAGGUGGAGAGCAUUUCACAUCAGAGGGGGGUGGUGCUGUACUUCAAGGUGACUAAGGUGUUUGGUCCUGGAGAUGGAGAGGAGGAGCAAACAGGACUUUACCUCGCUGACAAGCACCAUACUUCACUCUACACGGGCGGCGCCACCGGCAGCCUGGUACCGUUCUGCAGCGUUGGGAGCUCGUUGUGGUCCAGUGUUUCUCCCGCAGGACUCACCGGCAGCGUGGACACCAUCACUAGCAUCAUUUCACCACACUUCAACAACAGAAGCGGUGUGGCUCUGGGGCGAUGUAACAUCCUUCUCCAGGGAGCAAGAGGAUGUGGAAAGAUGACAUCUGCUAGAGCCGCCUGCAGACGACUCCACCUACAGCUGUUUGAGGUCCAGUGUGUGAGUGUGUGUGGGGACACGACGGCUGCUUGUGAGGUGAAGAUGAAGAGCGUGUUCAAGAAGGCCGAGUCUCUCCAGCCCUGCGCCCUUCUGCUGAGGAACCUGCAGUUCCUCGGCCCGCCAAGAGGGGGUGGUGAUGAGGACAGCAGGGUGCAGGCUGCCCUCUACCAGCUGCUUACCAGCUGCUCUACCAGAGUUGUCGUCAUAGCAACAGUAUGCCGACAUCGGGAGGUUUCUGCAGACGUCAUGGCAGCAUUUGUCCACCAGGUGUCGAUAGAGAGCCCUAAUGAGGAACAGAGAGGAGCCAUGUUGGCUAGCCUCACCCUGGGGCUUCCUCUGGGAAGGGACGUUAGCCUUGAGUACCUGGCAAAGCACACCUCUGGUUUGGUUCUUGGAGAUUUGAGCUCUCUGCUGGCUGAAGCUGGGAGGGCAGCCACCUCAAGACUUCUGCAUAGCUGUGCUGGCCAGUGGGAGGUGGACCUCUGCUCCAGCGGGGUGGGGCUGGAGCUCCAGGACGUGACCUCGGCCCUGGAGAGGCUGCAGGGCUGCAGGGCCAGAGCUGUCGGCGCCCCCAAGAUCCCCAGUGUGCGGUGGCAGGAGGUGGGCGGCCUGCAGGACGUGAAGCAGGAGAUCCUGAACACGGUGCAGCUGCCCCUGCAGCGGCCAGAGCUGCUCUCCCUAGGCCUGCACCGGGUGGGCCUCCUGCUCUACGGACCCCCCGGCACCGGCAAGACCCUGCUGGCCAAGGCCGUAGCCACCGAGUGCUCCAUGACCUUCCUCAGUGUUAAAGGCCCUGAACUCAUCAACAUGUUUGUUGGGCAGAGUGAGGAGAACAUCAGAGAAGUGUUCUCCAGAGCCAGGACGGCUGCUCCCUGCGUGGUGUUCUUUGAUGAACUGGACUCUCUGGCCCCCAGCAGGGGGCGCAGUGGAGACUCUGGAGGAGUCAUGGACAGGGUGGUCUCCCAGUUGCUGGCCGAGCUGGAUGCUCUUCAUUCGAGCAGGGGGGUCUUUGUGAUCGGGGCCACAAAUCGUCCGGACCUGUUGGACCAGGCUCUGCUUCGUCCUGGCAGGUUUGACAAGCUGGUCUAUGUUGGAAUCAACUCAGACAGAGAAUCUAAACUCCAGGUCCUCAAGGCGAUCACUGCAAAGUUCCACUUGGACCCUGAUGUUAGUUUGGAGGUGGUGGUGGAUGGAUGUCCAAGCCAGCUGAGCGGAGCAGACCUCUAUGCGCUCUGCUCUGAAGCCAUGACUGCAGCCGUCAGAAGGAAGAUCUUGCUCAUCACCGACGGGCUGGACACGGAAGACUCCCCACUUGUGCUGUCCUCAGAGGACUUCACCAUGGCUCUGAAGGACCUCCAGCCGUCUGUUUCUGAGCAAGAGCUUCUCAAGUACCAAAACAUUCAGCAGCAACUCACCGCCAAAUGAACCCUCCCCAUAACGUCCCACAGCAUUCAGGUGAACGGGGAACCGCUGUCGACCUACUGGUCAGCGGAUACCAGUCUAGCCUGACUUACUCCUUCAUAUCGUGCAGUGUACUCAUCAUAUCAUGUAUUAUAUUCCAUCAUAUAAUGCAGUAUACUCCUUCAUAUCGUGCAGUGUACUCCAUCAUAUCGCGCAGUAUACUCCAUCAUAUAUUGCAGCGUACUCCAUCAUAUCAUGCAGUAUACUCUAUCAUAUAAUGCAGUAUACUCCAUUAUAUAUAGUCCUGCUAUCCUUUAGGGAUUAUUUUCUUUAUUCACACUGUUUAAUAAUGUCAAUAGAAAUGCAAAUCUAAUUUAUGCAAUCUAAUUUAUGCAAAGUAUGAAUGUGUUUUGAAUCUUGUAAACCUAAUGUAAGUAAUUAUUAAAUAAUAUUAUUAAUUAAA